ACUUCCCUUCAGCGCUACCCCAUCAAGAACCGAAACCAAGCAAGCACAAAACCCUUUUGUUGGAAUAGCUGGCAACCUAGAAAUUGAAGUUCCCUUUGAAGUUCAUCUAGGCAUCGAGAUAGAAGAUAUGUAUAAAUUUAUUAUAUCCAAGUGAAAAUUGAAUCAUUCUUUCAUUUUUCAAUUUUUCUAUCUUAUUCAUCCCUUAGUUCUCUUAAUUUAUAAUAAAUUUCUAUUUUAUAAUUUUUAUGACUAAAAUAAAAAAUUUAAAAUUGAAUGACCCAUAUUUAUAUUUUAAAUAGAUAAACACAUACGCAGAUACUCAUACGAUAGAAUUUAAACUAUAGUUAUACGGGUCUAUUAAUUAUAAUUACAACAGUAAUUGAGAUUUUAGAAAACAAAAAUUAAGUAUAAAUUUGUGUACUUAAUUAAAAAAAUGUUGAAGUUUAUUGGGUUUUUUAAUGAAUAUUAUUAUUUUUAACCUUUUGUUUUCUUUUCCAUUUCCAACAAAAUGUCUGAACUACGGCCUUCGAUUCGUGAAGGGAAAAGCCCUAGCCAGCUCUGAAGUUAAAUGGAAGCCUUAGCUGCUGAACAUUUAGAGAGAAUCUGUAUUGUUUCGUCCUGUAUUUAGCUAAAAGGGAUAGUAUUCUUAGCAGUUCGGGUUUUGAAGUACUCAUAGCGUUUUAGCUUUGCAAUUUCUGAAAAUGGUUGGAAAUACAUUAGUCCAGAUUCCAGCAUGCCCGUCUUUGUCAUCUUCAACUUUGACCACCCUCCCGCAUUCUUCUCCAAAAGUUUUGCCAUGUCUUCCGCCUAAACUAAGAAUGAGGUUGGCAAAAGUUAGAGCUAUGUCUGCUAGUACUGAGCAUAACCCACAACCCGGUUCUUCGGAGCAAAAGAAUCCGCUUGCUGUUGUUUUAGAUAUUCCUCGGAAUAUUUGGAGACAAACAUUACGUCCAUUGAGUGAUUUUGGGUUUGGUCGUAGAAGCAUUUGGGAAGGUGGGGUUGGGUUGUUUCUUGUGUCAGGUACUGUGCUGCUUGCACUUAGUCUGGCUUGGUUGAGAGGGUUUCAGAUUCGUUCUAAAUUCCGGAAGUACCUAGCAGUGUUUGAAUUUGCUCAGGCAUCUGGUAUUUGCACUGGAACACCUGUUAGGAUUAGAGGGGUGACUGUAGGCAAUGUUGUACGUGUUAAUCCCUCCCUGAAAAGUAUAGAAGCUGUUGUUGAGGUUGAAGAUGAUAAGAUUAUUAUACCUCGAAAUUCGCUGAUUGAGGUCAACCAAUCUGGUCUUUUGAUGGAAACUUUGAUUGACAUCACGCCACGGGAUCCAAUUCCAUCACCUUCUGUGGGACCUCUUGAUGCAGAAUGUGUUAAGGAAGGCCUAAUUGUAUGUGAUAGGCAAAAGAUAAAGGGGGAACAAGGGGUAAGUCUGGAUGCCUUGGUAGGGAUUGUCACCCGUCUUGCUCGUCAAAUGGAGGAAAUUGGUAUUGCCAACACCUAUUCACUUGCCGAGCGCGUUGCUGCUGUUAUUCAGGAUGCAAAGCCCCUGCUCACAAAGAUUGAAGCCAUGGCCGAAGAUGUGCAACCUUUGUUAUCUGAACUUCGUGAUAGUGGUCUGCUUCAGGAGGUUGAGAAUUUGACCAGAAGUCUAACACAAGCCUCUGAGGAUUUAAGAAGGGUACAUUCAUCCAUUAUGACCCCUGAGAACACCGAAUUGAUUCAAAAAUCAAUUUAUACUCUGAUUUUUACCUUGAAGAAUAUCGAGAAUAUAAGUUCUGAUAUACUGGGAUUCACGGGUGAUGAGUCUACAAGAAAGAAUCUGAAAUUACUUAUCAAGUCGCUUAGCAGGAUGUUGUGAUGGUGAAGACAAGUGAAAAGAAUAGAAUAAUUGAUUAGACAGUCCAAACUCAAACCUGGUUCGUUGUUCUUUUUUUUUCUUUCUUUUUUUUUUUUUUUUUCCAUUGUUAUAAAGGGAGAAAUUGAAGUGAAGCUUCCAGUUUGUACUCUUUAUGUUCCAUUGCAGUUUCUUAGAAAAAUCUUGAUGCUUGAGGUAUUUGUUGCACACCUUUUACUAGUAUAAAUGAAGAUCAAUUUUUUUUUUUCGAUUUUUAA